UUCCCUGUCCAGAUCUGUAUUCAGCAGUUUUUUUCUUCGAUUUUUUUUACAUCUGUUUUUUAUUUGUUUAUAUAGAUGUGUAGUUUUUGGAUUUAGUUUACAUGUGGUAAUUUUGUUUAUUGUUUAUGUAGAUGUUUAAUUCUGAGAUCUGUCUAGAUAUUUAUUUAGAUGUUUAGUUUCAGAUGUAUCAGCGUUUUUUUUGGUUUAUUAUUUAGGUAAUUUAGUGGUGAUAUCUGUUUUAGUUUGUUUGUUUAUGUAGAUUUUUGGUAUUUUGGGUUUAGUUUAUAUGUGGUAAUCUUGUUUAUUAUUAAUUCAGAUGUUUAGUUUUUAGGAUUUAGUUUAUAUAGGUAAUUUAAUUUAUUGUUCUUACUGUUUACACAUGUGGAACAAGGACUUGUUUUUUUUGUUGUUGUUACUGUGAAAUAUUAUCAUUUAACAAACAAAUUAAUACAAUCUAAAGAGCACCUAGAACCAUUACCACCUUCUAGGAAGAGUGCAACGUACUCUUAGUCCUCUUACUAAUCGCUAAUUACAAUACUUUUGGAGCAAAGAAUUGCAACCUCUAGCUUUCCUAGAAUUCCUUUGUAUGUCUAUCCUAUCUGUAAAUUCCUUUUGUAACCGUGUCAUCACAAAAUUAGUAUUUACAUUGAUUCCUUUAAACACUUUCCCGUUCCUGGCUUUUCAAGUGUAAUAUAUCAAGGCCCUCAAAAUUGCUGCAGCUACUACCUUUUUUUAAAACUUCCAGUGCUUUCUUUUGAUCUUCUCCAACACCUGUAUUACAGUUCCCCUUGGAAUUGUCAUAUCAGUCCAUUGAAGUAUAGAAGUCCUCAAUUCUGUUGUCCAUCGACCGUCCUGAAACAGAUGAUCUUGGAUUUCAGCAACCAUUUCAUUACAUAAGCAGCAGUUUGUGUCUUGUACUAUAACAUGUAAUUUCAAAAGUCUAUCUUUUGUAAGCAGUCAACCCUGAGCAGCCAACCAUAGAAUCAUUAUGUGUUUUACCUGCAUAAUAGAGAGCUCCAUAUUAACUCUGUUGCAGGUAGUCUAGUCAAGUUUCCCAACAUAGCAAUAUAACUGCUAGCGAUUGAGCAUUUCCCAGAGGCAGUCAGCAUAUUUACCCAUUAUGAUACCACUCCAUCUUUUCUACUUAUAGAGAAUUCAGUUUCCUCCAAUACCAACUACAAUCACGAGAAAGUACAUGAGUCCAUAUGUUAGUAUUUGCUUUCAUAUAAACUCGUGUACCUAUUUGACCUAUAACAGGUCUUCCUUCUCUGCCAAUUGCCAUAAUAAUUUGCCCACAGAAGCAAUGUUCCACUUAUUGCACCCUUUAAUAUUGAGUCCAUACUUUUUGGUAUACAUACUUUAUUCCAGGCUACUAGAGGCACCUUUCUCUUCUCUACAGAGCUUCCCCAGAGGUAAUCUCUACACCUCCUAUCAGUUUCCUUCAGAACACUUUGAGGUAGUAUAAACAUAGAACUCCCAAGAGUUGUAAAUAGAGAAGAGUACUGCAUUAAUCUCCUGUAACCUACCAGCGUAUGAUAAAAGUUUUGGGUAUACAACAUUUAUCCUGUUGGUAAUCUUAUCCACUAAUUGAUGACACUCACUUUUAUCCACUUCUUUGAGCUUAGUGGCAGUCCCAGGUACCUUAUAGGACUUAGUUUUUUUAUCGAAAGUAAAUGACUAAAAUAUAGAAAAUUGAUUUGUGCUAGUUUUUUAAAUUGAUAUUUAUAGUUUUCUGCUGUCUUUGUGAUUCUUGUUGCGUUUCCAAUUCCAUUUAGGUGAUGAAAAUUUUCUACUCUAUAGUUGGCAUUGGUUUUCUCUGUAAUACACCAAAAUUUUACAGUUGCUCUAAUUAUAAAGUCGCAUGACAGACAUUUUAAUAUUUAAUAAACUUGUAAUGCCGAAGAACAAAGCAUUGAGAAUAACAAAUUUAGGAUAUAUGCUUUGAAACUUUAAUUCUUUAGUCACAGGCAAGUAGCAAUUAUUGAGAAUAAAUAUCUAAAAGAUUGCUUUAUUGAAAACUUUAAGAAGUGAAUUAUCUUAUCCUUUUUUUCAUGAUUGUGUAGAUGGAACCUGAACAGCAUAGAUGGAUGUAUAAUAGAAAUUAUCCUAAUCGUGGAGGAUUGGAUGUAGAAUUUAUACAAGGGGUAGCUAAGUUUAUUGACUAUGCCAAACCGCUUUCUCAAUUUGGUGAUGAAGGCACGAUUAGGUGUCCUUGUGGAAAUUGCAAGCGUAGAAAGUUGUUGAAACCAGAGAUUGUUAAAUUUCAUCUUUAUAAAGAGGGGUUCAAAGAAAAAUAUCAUUUGCGGACUGCUCAUGAAGAGUUCGAGCCAAGUGUCAAUGCGCAUUUUCAAAAUUUUAGUGAUAGUAAGGUCAUUCAGUGGAAGACCUCCCAGGCAAAGGCUGCCCGAGCAUCUAAAAAGGACAGCUCGUUGCACACUGAGGGUUUAGUCACUAUGAGGACCAGGAGGAGAUUGGUGUACAAGAGAUAUGGGUCUAGUGAUGAGGUCUUUCCUGAGACCCACGCAAAGAAAAAGAAGGAUGGAAAAAGGGUUUGGGUUGAAUCACAGGCUGAGCAAACAUAUGUAAGAAUGAGUAUAAACAAAGCUUUGGAGUACACUCGGAGUCGGUCGAUCAACGAUCAAGAUGGGCAGCGUUCAUUUAACCGUCAGUCGCUUAGAUUUUCUGGUGCUUCUUCUUCUUCGCAGUCCUCUGUGAAUCAGGAUAAGCCGGAGGAUGAGUUGGAGGCAACACGGAGGAAGUUGGAGACAAUGCAAAGACAAUUAGAGAUAACACAGAGGCUGUUGGAGUUAAGUCAAAGGUCUCUGCAAGAGAAGAAUGAUGAUUACAAGCGCAUUGACAAAGAUAUUAAACAGCUCAAGGCUCAGGUUAAGUGGAUGGUGAAGUCUGUCAAGAAUAAUAAUAUUCGUUUGCCAGUUUCUCGACAGAUCGACUUUGAUAACAAUGAGCCGGUAAAUGAUGCUGUCCCCGGUGAUAAUGAUGUCUAGUUUCAUGUCCCUGUGAUUUUCGGAACAUCUGUUACUAGUUUGAUGUAAUUCGGAUGUUAAUACUUCAUUGUAGCUUCAGUAGUUUGAAUUGUAUUUGGAUGUUGUGGUUGAAACUUUAAUAUUUAUGUUUAAAGCUUUUGGAGUUUAAUUGGA